UGAGUGUCUGGCUCUGGGAUGGGAAGGAUAGAGCCAGGCGAGGGGCGGGCACCAAGGCCUGAAAAUGGAGCAAGGGUGGGGGCCAAGGCAAGCCCUGAGCUGGCAGGGAGUCAAGAAGGUCACAGGAUCAGAGCAGGGACUCAGGUGUCUCUGAAGCCCUGGAGAGGGGGCUGACCUCUGAGCUACCUUACCCUCAGGUGUGUCAAUGCCCCUCCCUUGAGCAAGGGCUGGCCAGGCCUACUGGCUGGAGGGUGGGAACAGAAAGACAGCUUCCACUAUGCUGCCAGCUGGGACCUGUGCCAGGCCAAUGGACCCACUCCCCCUGAUUCCUCCCCCACCAUGACCAUUCCAGGCUCAGCAGCCAGUCCCCAGGGGGUAGGCCACCUUGCCCUGGCCAGCUCUAUGUUGGGAAGUUGGUGCCUGUGUCUUUAAAUUCUCAGCAGGUUGAAACGGCUGAUGACAUCACUGGUUCCCGGGAGCUAGCAGAGGAGCUGGAGCCCAAGGGAACCCGGGCUGCUGGGGGCUGCAGACAUGGAGGGCCAGGGCAUCAGUGGCAGCGGGAGGCCGGGGACCCAGGCUGGCCUGGGCCCCCUGCCCAUGCCCCAUGGGAUUUCCCAAACUGGGGCACCCUCCAAGAUGGACUCACGUUUUCAGCUCUCAGCAAAGGAGAAUGCAGCACCAGUAUGCUCGGAACCAAGGUUGGCUCUGACACCUGUGGGGCCACCAGCAGCAAUGCCAUCUUCCUCAAAGGGGCCAAGCCUGGCUCUGGCGUCUCCCCGACCCAUCCUGGCUCCAAUGUCUACCCCUGGAGAGCAGAAGACAACUCCUGCCCAUCGCAGCUCCAGACUGGCUCCAACACCUGUGGGCCAUUUGGUGGUGUCUGCCUCGGCUGGGCCGAAGCCUCUUCCAGCUACCCUGGGGCCCAGGCUGGCUCCACUGUCCAGGGACCAGAAGCAGGUGCCACCUGCCUCCAUGGGACCCAAGCCAGCCCUGGCUGCUUCAGGCCUGAGCCUGGCCGUGGCAUCUGAGAAACAGCCCCCACAGCCCCCCUCCAGCUCUUCCCCAGUGCCCAGUCCAGUUCUGUCACCCUCUCAGGAACAGGCCCUGAAUCCAGCAUCCAUGACAUCAGCCCUGGCCUCUGUGGGAUGGACACCAGCUAAACAGAGGGAUGCCCCAGCCCCUAGACCUCUCUCCCCUUCAGAAGGGCAUCUCCAGCCCCCCACUCAGACAUCUGGUCCUGUGGGCUCCCCAUCCUUGAUUCAAGCCCCCCCAGACCCUCGGAUCUCCCCCUCCUUCAGAGCCCGGCCUGAGGCCCCCCGCAGCAGCCCUGAGGAUCCUGUCCUGUCCCGGACACCACAGACUCUGCCCCUGGAUGUGGGCCAGGGUCCUCCAGAGCCUGGCACUCGCUCCCCCGGACUUCUCUAUCCCACCUUCCGGCCAGGGGCCCCCUUAGCCCAGACUUUGCCCCCACCUCUGCCCAAGCCACCCCGAUCUCCCAGCCGCUCCCCCAGCCGCUCCCCAAACCGCUCCCCGUGUGUCCCCCCAGCUCCUGAGAUGGCCCUCCCCAGGCCUGGCACCCAGGGUGCCGGGCCUGGUGGGCAUCUGAGCCCCAACCUUCAGCCCAGAGAAACCCCAGCCCCUCUUACCACCUCCUCUUCUACAUCCACCUCGUCAUCCUCCUCUUGGUCAGCUCAGCCCACCUGCAAGAGCGACCCUGGCUUCUGGAUCACUGUGGUCACAUGGAACGUGGGCACCGCCAUGCCCCCCGAUGAUGUCACAUCCCUCCUUCACCUGGGCAGCAGCGAUGACAGUGACAGGGCAGACAUGAUCGCCAUAGGGUUGCAGGAAGUGAACUCUAUGAUCAACAAGCGGCUCAAGGACGCGCUCUUCACCGACCAGUGGAGCGAGCUCUUCAUGGACGCACUGGGGCCCUUCAACUUCGUGCUGGUGAGUACUGUGCGGAUGCAGGGCGUCAUCCUGCUGCUGUUCGCCAAGUACUACCACCUGCCCUUCCUGAGGGAUGUGCAGACUGAUUGCACGCGCACUGGCCUGGGUGGCUAUUGGGGCAACAAGGGUGGAGUGAGUGUGCGACUGGCCGCCUUCGGGCACAUGCUGUGUUUCCUGAACUGCCACCUGCCGGCCCACAUGGACAAAGCGGAGCAGCGCAAGGACAACUUCCAGACCAUCCUCAGCCUCCAGCAGUUCCAGGGGCCUGGAGCUCAAGGCAUCUUGGAUCACGACCUCGUGUUCUGGUUCGGGGACCUGAACUUCCGCAUCGAGAGCUACGACCUGCACUUCGUCAAAUUUGCCAUCGACAGCGAGCAGCUCCACCAGCUCUGGGAGAAAGACCAGCUCAACAUGGCCAAGAACACCUGGCCCAUCCUGAGGGGCUUCCAGGAGGGGCCCCUCAACUUUGCGCCCACCUUCAAGUUUGACGUGGGUACUAACAAAUAUGAUACCAGUGCCAAGAAGCGGAAGCCAGCCUGGACAGACCGUAUCCUGUGGAAGGUCAAGGCUCCAGGUGGAGGUCCCAGCCCCUCAGGACGGGAGAGCCACCGGCUCCAGGUGACCCAGCACAGCUACCACAGCCACAUGGAAUACACUGUCAGCGACCACAAGCCUGUGGCUGCCCAGUUCGUCCUGCACUUUGCCUUCAGAGACGAAGUGCCGCUUGUGCGGCUGGAUGUGGCGGACGAGUGGGUGCGGCCGGAGCAGGCUGUGGUGAGGUACCGCAUAGAGACGGUGUUCGCCCGCAGCUCCUGGGACUGGAUCGGCUUGUACCGGGUGGGUUUCCGCCACUGCAAGGACUACGUGGCUUAUGUCUGGGCCAAACACGAGGAUGUGGAUGGGAACAUCUACCAGGUGACAUUCAGUGAGGAGUCACUGCCCAAGGGUCACGGAGACUUCAUCCUGGGCUAUUAUAGCCACACCCACAGCAUCCUUAUCGGGGUCACUGAGCCCUUCCAGAUCUCACUGCCUACCUCGGAGCUGGCCAGCAGCAGCACAGACAGCUCGGGUGCCAGCUCGGAGGACGAGGAUGACAGCACCCUGGAGCUGCUCGCAUCCAAGUCCCGCAGCCCAAGCCCUGGCAAGUCCAAGCGGCACCGUAGCCGAAGCCCAGGUCUGGCCCGCUUCCCCGGCCUCGCCCUGCAGCCCUCGUCCUGUGAACGCCGUGGCACCAGCCGAAGCCCCUCGCCCCAGAGCCGCCGCCUUCCUCGGGUAGCCCCCAACGGGGGCAGUGAUGGUGGCAGCCGGGGCAACAGUGAGGAGGGGCCCCCUGGGCUGCCUGGGUCCUGGGCCUUCCCACCAUCUGUGCCUCAAAGCCUGGGGUUGCUGCCUGCCUUGCGCCUAGAGACCGUAGACCCCGGUGGUGGCAGCUCCCGGGGACCCAAUCGGGAGGCCCCGGCCCCCGACAGCCUGUCUCCCAGCCCCCAGGGUCAGCAGGGCCUGGAGGAAGGGGGCCUGGGGCCCUGAGGGUGAGGUGGGCAGGCAGGCCCAGGUGGCCCCCUGGGGCUCUGCCCCAAUCUUCUGCAAACCCACCUGCCUCCCUCCUGCUGCUGCUCCAGCUUUAUGUGCACCUGCCACUCUGUUCUGGCCAGGGGUGGCCAACUGGGGUUCCCCAAACCUGGUCCUGGCACCUCAACUGUGACAAUCAGCAAACCCCUAUCCCAGCCCCCAUCUGGGAUGGGGGAGCAAACCUAGAGGUCAUCAAUUAGGAAUUAAAUUCUCCAGCCUCA